GGCUAAGCGCACGCUCGUCUUCUGUUUCACAUUCAGUCUUACUAUCGUCGGCAAGCGUUGCACGUGGGAACUACUCAGCUACAUUAAAGUUUAAUUCACCUAAAAAAUGUAUCGCCUACCAAGUCUUCUGAGAACAGCAGCUCUUCGCCAGAUCGCUCCUCAAGCAUACAGAAAUUAUGCUAAAGAUGUUCGAUUUGGAGCUGAUGUACGAGCCUUAAUGUUGCAGGGAGUAGAUGUUCUUGCUGAUGCAGUUGCUGUAACCAUGGGUCCCAAGGGACGUAAUGUUAUUCUAGAACAAUCAUGGGGCUCACCUAAAAUCACUAAGGAUGGUGUUACUGUAGCAAAGGGUAUCGAAUUGAAAGACAAAUUCCAAAACAUUGGGGCCAAGUUAGUUCAAGACGUAGCAAAUAAUACAAAUGAAUCUGCUGGUGACGGAACAACUGCUGCAACAGUCUUGGCUCGCUCCAUUGCUAAGGAAGGAUUUGAAAAGAUAACAAAAGGUGCCAAUCCUGUUGAAGUUCGUCGUGGUGUCAUGCUUGCUGUUGAUGCUGUUAUUGAAAACUUGAGAGCCAUGUCCAAACAGGUUACUACUCCAGAAGAAAUUGCUCAGGUUGCUACCAUUUCUGCUAAUGGUGAUGAAUCAGUUGGUAAACUGAUUUCUCAAGCAAUGAACAAAGUUGGACGAGAGGGAGUCAUUACUGUCAAAGAUGGAAAAACUUUGAUUGAUGAACUUGAAGUCAUCGAAGGCAUGAAAUUCGACCGUGGUUACAUUUCACCCUACUUUAUUAACACAGCAAAGGGCGCUAAAGUAGAAUAUCAAGAUGCGUUGGUCUUGUUGAGUGAGAAGAAGAUUUCUUCCAUUCAAUCCAUCAUUCCUGCUUUGGAACUCGCCAAUCAACACCGCAAACCCCUAGUCAUUAUUGCGGAAGACAUCGAUGGCGAAGCUCUUAGCACUCUUGUUGUUAACAGACUGAAGAUUGGACUCCAGGUAGUUGCAGUUAAAGCCCCAGGAUUUGGCGACAACCGCAAAAAUACGCUUCACGAUAUGGCCAAUGCUACAGGUGGCUUGGUCUUUGGUGAUGAAGCAAAUCUCGUCAAGCUCGAAGAUAUUCAGCUGCACGACUUUGGUCAGGUUGGAGAAGUGGUUGUUACUAAAGACGACACUCUGUUGUUGAGAGGUAAAGGCCGCAAAGAAGACAUCGCCCAGCGUGUUACCCAAAUCAAGGAUCAAAUUGCCGAAACAACAUCAGAAUACGAAAAGGAGAAGCUGCAGGAAAGGUUAGCCAAACUCGCCUCUGGAGUUGCUGUCCUUAAGAUUGGUGGAUCAAGCGAAGUUGAAGUGAACGAGAAAAAGGAUCGUGUUAACGAUGCACUCUGCGCCACCCGAGCUGCCGUUGAGGAGGGUAUCGUUCCUGGUGGCGGAACUGCUCUACUUCGCUGUAUUCCUAUUUUGGACAAGCUGUCCUAUGCAAAUGAAGAUCAAAAAGUUGGCAUCGACAUUAUUCGUCGCGCUUUGAGGAUGCCUUGCAUGACUAUUGCUAAAAACGCUGGAGUUGAUGCUUCCGUCGUCGUCUCUAAAGUUAUGGACUCUGAAGCUUCCAUUGGUUAUGAUGCCCUCCGAAAUGAGUACGUCAACAUGAUUGAACGCGGUAUUAUUGACCCUACUAAAGUUGUCCGAACAUCUCUUACUGAUGCCGCUGGAGUUGCAUCCCUCCUCACAACAGCAGAAUGUGUUGUUUGUGAAAUCCCCAAAGAAGAGAAGGCCGAUGGCGGCAUGGGAGGAAUGGGCGGAAUGGGAGGCAUGGGUGGUAUGGGAGGUAUGGGCGGAAUGAUGUAACGUCCCAAAUCCAAGUCAAUUUCUGUUCCAACCUUUCAUGUUACUUACCUUCUUGAUUGUAGUGGUGUUGUCAAGUUGUAUAGCGGUAAUUUUGGAGAUUUUCAUUCCUCUUGUUUGACAUCCCAGUUUAUGUAAUCAUGUUACUGCUGUUCAA